AUGGCAGCCGCCAACAAGUCCUGGCCCCUCAGCAAGGUCACCGACGGCGCCCACUGGAACGCCGAGGACCUCUUCGGCCGCUUGUGCAUCGUGGCCGACGCCACUUUCCUCUCGGCUGGCUUCCUGCCGUGCGACGCGCGGUCGGAAACGACGCCCUGGUCUGUAUCCCGCCGCUACUCGGUGCCGCAGCUGGCCCACCGCGAGGGCGCGGACGCCGCCGUGCUGUGCAUCUCACGGCGGGGCCACCGUCGGGGAGGCUGCGGCCGCGGCAAGAUCGAGGUGGACGCCUACGUCGACUGCAAUGUCCGCCAGCGGAACGCGCGCAGGGAGCGGCUGCCGCUGGCGGCUCUCGCGCCCGUGCUCUCGGGCGGCAUGGACGUCGCGGCUUGCGCGCUGACGACGGCGUCGCCGCUGGAUGACGCCAGUGGCGGCGCGUGGCUCUGGAAGCUUUUCGCAGAUCAGCUGUGCCGCCGCCUCUUUCUUUCCAUCUGCCUUCACAGCGGCGUGCCGGUGUUGCCCAGCUUCGGGUGCCUUCCCGUCGACCUACAGAUGACGAUCCUGUGUAGGCUCCACGUCGCUGAGGACGUCGCGAGGGUGGAGUGCGCUAGCAAGGAGCUGAGGCGCCUCGUCGCCGACCACGACGCCGUCCUCUGGAAGGCCAAGUACGAGUCCAUCAGAUCUCUGAACUCCAGUCGUGAGCAACCUGUCGAAUUCAGACCACCACCGAUCUUCACCACCAAGGAACCACCGUACUUCACCGACGAGGACAUGGCAUUGAUGAGCUGGAAAGAGAGAUACGCGAUGACUAGAUGGCAGACAAUGGUGAUGUCAACAUGGCGGUUCUGGACGACUCCCAUGCCGACAUGGAAGCCACGGGUGCCGCCUGCAAAGAGGGCAAGGCUACAAACCAUUAUAGAUAUGGUGCGCCGACGUGCGCAACAUAAUUUGUCGCAACACCAUGAUCGACCAGAUCAUCCGAGGACAGUUGCCCGGACAAGUAGUGACCAUGGAUGGAGAGGCACCACCGUUGAUAACAGAAGCAGCAGAAGAACGAUGACGAUGGCGACGGUGGUGCUGAGCAAUCCCUAUAGGAAGGGGAACGGUGGUGGUGCGGUUCACUCGCCGUCUUCCCGGCACCGAUGGAAUCACCGGUGA